CUUAUGUAAUCGCCAAACGUUCGCCAACUGUCACCGGUCAUUUCGUAACGCCGGUAAACGAGCCGACAUUUUCAGCAUUUCUAGCACCAGCUUCGGUAAAAUAAUAAUAUUACACGUUCGAUUAAACCUUCCAUUUGCAUUUGCAUUUGCUGGACGGUGCGAUACUGCUUUCGCGCCUCGCUACGACCACACCACAACAGUCGGGGUGCCUGCGUUUUCGCUGUCCCUCGCGUUUGGCUACGGCUUUACGGGGGUUUUUGACGUUUCGUCCGGUCGGCUAGCAGUUUCCCCUGAAAAACGCAUUCGACGGUUUCCGCUUUGCGAGAUGUUGCUCACUCGUGCUCUAACCGCCAUCGUAUCCACGAAGAGCUGCUGCAGCAAUCAAGCGUUCCUACUCGGUGUCGCCUCGAAGUGGUCCUCCUCUGCUGCUAUCAAUAAUAGUAGUGUGCGAUUUCAGCCGCCAGCGCGUAACUUUGCCAAGAAGAUGAGUCUGCCGCGUUGCUUUUUCGACAUGAGCGUGGACAACCAGCCGGUUGGCCGGAUCGUUAUCGAGCUGCGUCCGGAUGUCGUCCCGAAGACGAGCGAAAACUUCCGCGCGCUGUGCACCGGCGAGAAGGGUUUCGGCUACAAGGGUUCGAUCUUCCAUCGCGUGAUCCCGAACUUCAUGUGCCAGGGUGGCGAUUUCCAGAACCACAACGGUACCGGCGGCAAAUCCAUCUACGGCAACAAGUUCGAGGACGAAAACUUCGUGCUGAAGCACACCGGUCCGGGCAUCCUGUCGAUGGCGAACGCCGGCCCGAACACGAACGGUUCCCAGUUCUUCAUCACCACCGUGAAGACGGCCUGGCUGAACGAUCGUCACGUGGUGUUCGGCAGCGUCGUCGAGGGUAUGGACGUGGUGCGAAAGAUCGAGUCCUUCGGCUGCCACUCGGGCAAACCGUCGAAGCAGAUCGUGGUCGAGAACUGUGGUCAGCUGUAAAUCCAAUCUUUCUUUACUGUUUGCAACAAAUAGCCCUUCUUUUCGGUCAGCGCGCACUGCUAUGAACUUGUAGAGAGAGAGUAGCGCGCCCGUGCCGUAAUCUAGUAGCGCAGCGGCCGCCCACUGCUGCUGCUGCUGUUUCGAGACUUUCCUUUAUUCAGUUAAUGAUAUUCCUUUUUUCUUAACAAAACACAAACACAUUCACACCUACACACACACUUACACAUUUAAAAAUAAAUCAGGAUAACUCACAGGGGUUAAAGGUAGAACAACGGAAUAUUUUGCAUUUGAUGUGAUGUGUGUCGGGUGGAAGGGGGGAGUUUGGAAAAGCGAAGUCUCGGCACGGAAUGUGCCGAGUCUUUCCCUCUCGCAGGCAUCAUCUAAAACAAAAACAAAGGGAAGGAAGGAUAACAUGAUUCUGUCCGUGUCGACUCAUUACGUAAUACUGCAUUUUUUUUGUCCUGUCACACACGCUCUGCAAACCAUACCUUUCUUUAACAAGAACUACAAUAAAAUGUAAUAAUGAUAAACAAGAACUGUUAAUUUA